CCGACCUUGCGCAACAACCUUAAUUUCCGCCGAUUUAAUCGGAUCGCACCUUGACGUUUCCAGGCUUGCCUCAAUUACUACCCGACACACCAUUCUCUAGCCUCCAACAUCUCCCCUCGAAACCUAGCGAUAAUGGUUGGUUUAUACGAUGACGACCCGGUCGCCGAGCAGGUCGUCACACCCGAAUACCGGGGUGCAUGUGAGCCUUUCGUGGUUGUGGGUCAGGACGUCGAAGUCGAUAUCAAUUUCCGAGACAAGAGCGUCAGCGGCGUCAGCACACUCCUCAUUUUCCCUUUAGUCAACGACCUGGAAGAAAUCUCCAUCGAUGCUCGGCAGUGUGAUAUCGACACGGAGAAUAUCUACGUUGACGGCUUCAGGACCAAGGCUUGGUACAAAGACCCGUACGAUCUUCUGGAAGUUCCGCAUCAGUGGCAACUUGGGGCAGCGCAGCACCAAGUCAUGAAGAAACGGGUGGCGCCCCUCUUUCCGGAACGACGACCAGACGUACCGAUUUCUCGGAGAGAGAAGCUGAUGACACACUCGCUGGGGUGCGUUCCUCAUGAGGGCUCAUUGAAGAUCUCGUUGCGCCCUGGAGACCUUCGUAAGGAUGAGCCAAGGCGUCUCCUGAAGAUCAAGAACGAGAACAAUGACCCAGAAGACGAGAGGAACGGGAUUAAGAUUUCUGUUCCUUUCCGCUCUGAUCGCAUCGGCGACGGCCUGCAUUUCGUCGGCAUCGACGAGGGCGAUGCGAGAUACCCGCACGUUUACACGCGACACUCGGUCGAACCCGGGACGGCCUCUUGCAUUUUCCCGUGCAUAGAUGACCCGGGACAGAGACACCUGUUCAAUGUCUCGAUCAAGUGUCCCCGGACACUUGGCGAUGUCUUGGAGCAGCCGUUAGCUACGCAGCAGGCGAGCGGCCCGGUUGUCAACGGUAAUCGCAAGAGGAAGCACGGGGAGGCAUCGCCGCAGCAACCGAAAUCCGUCCUUAUUGAAGAAGACAAACUGCUGGAGAUGACGGUCAUCUGCUCCGGAAACCUCACCGGGGAGCAGAUCGACCCAGACGACGAGCGGAAGAAGAUCAUGACCUUUGAGUGCCAGAACGCCGCCGCUCGUCACAUCGGCUUCGUCAUCGGCCCCUUCGAGCAUGUGCCGCUGUGGUCAGAGUUUCGAACAGAGGAAUCGGACGAGAAGCUUGGAGCGAAUGCCGCCAAGAUCCAUGGCUACUGUUUGCCAGGUCGGGCCGAUGAGGUUCGUAACACCUGCUCUCCUAUAGUGGCCGCGGCGGACUACUUCGCUCUGGAGUUUGGGAGGUACCCCUUCGACAGCUACAAAAUGUGCUUCCUCGAAGAUAUGAUUCCCGACACGGCAGCGGCAACGUCAUUGUCUCUCUGCAGCUCCCGUUUGCUCUAUCCCUCCGACAUCAUCGACACGGAUAUCGAAGUCACCCGAAAGCUGGUCCACGCGCUAGCAAGCCAGUAUCUCGGCGUCCACAUCGUCCCCAACAAACGAUCGGAUAGCUGGCUUGUCGUCGGAAUCCAGUGGUACAUGACAGAUCUCUUCAUGAGGACCCUCUGCGGGACCAACUGGUACAAGUUCCAUCUCAAGACCUUGUCUGACAGGCUGGUCGAGUCUGACGUUGGUCGGCCUUCGCUUCACGACCUUGGCGAGCACCUGCACGUCGGCGACUUUGAGGGCGAAUUCAUGGCAUUGAAGGCCCCCCUCGUCCUCUCCAUCCUUGACCAGAGGAUGUCCAAGUUUCCAGGCUCGAUCGGGGUUGCGCGAGUAGUAUCUCAAAUGGUCUCCGCCGCCAAUAUCUCCAACACCGAGGCGAAGACAACGUCGGUGUCGGCAGACGAUUUCCUCAAGCUGUGCGAAAAGAAGAGCCAGUACCGGCCCGACACCUUCUGGGAGCAAUGGGUCCACGGCUCGGGAUGCCCGAGGAUACUGGUCAAGCAGAAGUUUAACAAGAAGAACCUCAACGUCGACAUUGUGGUCACCCAAGUACAACGCCACCCUGGAUUCAGUCGCCCCCGGCUCCUAGAGAAGGACGACUUCUGGAGGGAGUACCAAGAGGAGAUACACCACGUGUUUGCUGGCGAGGUCCAGAAGCUGUUCACAGGGCCCUUCACCGUUCGGAUCCACGAAGCCGACGGCACUCCGUAUGAGCACUACCUUGACAUUCGGGAGGAUGACAAGAACGGUACGACGUGGUCGAUCCCCUACAACACCAAAUACAAGCGUAUGAAGCGCAAGGGAGCACGGCAGAAGGAUUCGAGCACCGCCGUCGCUAAUGUCGACGGGAAGAACGAGGUGCAAGAUGACGAUGUCGUCUACUUCAACAUGUUGGGUGAUGUCCUCUCGGGCGAAACAGACAUGGUCAAUUGGGGACUCAAGGAUUGGGAGGCCGACGUGCAAAACGCCAUGGACCAGGAAUCCUACGAAUGGAUAAGGUUCGAUUGCAAUUUCGAGUGGCUCUGCGACAUCUCCACGGACAUGCCGGGCUACAUGUAUCUAGCCCAGCUACAGCAGGACCGCGACGUGGUUGCACACCAAGACGCCAUGCUCUUUUGGACGAGAGGCCAGAGGCAUCCUGUGGCAUCGAGCAUCGAGACAAGGACCUUGUAUGACCGGCGAUAUUACCAUGGCGUCAGGACAAUGGCCGUGGAAGACCUUCCAAAGCAAGCCGUCGCGGAGCAGAACUACAUCGGGAUGGCCCAUCUCAUCCUCGCUUUCCGUCACUUCUUCUGCUAUCGGGUCGUCGGGAACUCGGGUGCCGAAGCCUGGCCGCCCGCCCCAAACGACUUCACGGAUAAGGCACAAUAUGCCGUCCAAUCUGCGAUGCCCGGAGCCAUUGCCAGAAUCAGGGGAGACAAGGGAAGGUGUCCUAGGUCGGCCCGAAGCUUCCUCCUCGACCUACUACUCUUCAACGACAACUCCAACAACGAGUUUUCGGAUCAGUUCUACAUCUCCACCCUCCUGAAGGCACUCACGACCUCCUUAGUCAACGAGAAGCACGACGAAGACCGCGAGUUAAUCUUUACCCUCAAGAUGGACGAGGACGAUGAUGUUGAGCUCAAGCAAUUCAUCGAGAAGACGAUCGAGGAGAUUGAUCGGUAUCGUAGAAUGGAUGAGUGGACCGGCUCCUACCAGAAUAUCUGGACGACGACGGCGUUGGAGUGCAAAAUGAGGCUGAUGAAAGCGAGGGUUAUUCCAUCCGCUCCUCUAGAGUUCCUACAAUAUCUGCAGGACGACAACAUCGACCUUGUCCGCAUCAAGGCGUACGAGUGCCUCAUCGAACUGGGGAUGCUCUCCAAACCGCCAAUUCUGAAGCUUCUGCUUUCGGUCAUGAGCACCGACAGCUCACCCUUUGUGCGCGACAGACUGUUCAAGCUCUUCUGCCGGGGGAUUGCCUCGAUCGCCUUCGCCGAGCACAAGGUGGCCGAGAAGCAAGCUGCUCCUGCGGAGAUGGACUUGGAUGAUGGCGGCCUGAUCAUUGAGCAGGGAGAAGCGAUCACUGAGGCCAGGAAGGCGAAGCAGGCUCGGAGGGAGGAUAUUAACGCUGCCAUCGCCGGACUGAAGGGGGAAGCGAAGGGCAAUAUCGACCUUCAGAUCGGCCUCUGGCGGGCAUUCCAGUCAACGACCCUGGGACUGCAGGAGAAGCGUCAGAUACUGGAGCUCUGCCAAGCCAUGUUCGAGCCCGAAGACGCAAUUCUCCUGACUUUCAAGUACCCCAAGGUCUGGAAAGCCACACGAGCUCCUCCAAACGGAAAUGGAGACAAGCCCAAUAAGAAGAGGUGUAUUAUCCACUUCACCUCCCACUACCGCACAACCCCACGCACCCCGCUUGUGUUGGAUGCUCCCGCGAUGCCAACGGUAGAAGUCAGACCCCCAGAGCCGAAGAGGAUCAAGUUGCAGAGCAAACCCUCCUUCAGCGCUGCCUCGGGCAGUAUUGGUGUUCUGCCGCCUCUUGUGCGGCAGCCCUCGAUCAGCGUCACUGUGCCCAAGGCUCCUGUCGAAUCCAUCGCGGUCCAGAUAGCCGCCCGCCCGUCGACUCCUGCAAUGUCGUCCCCAGCCCCAGCCCCGGCCCCGGCCCCGCUCCCGCUUGCGCUCCAGCCCAGCAGCUUCCAACAGCUGAACGGGCUCAAGUCGGCAGAGAAGCGACCGAAGCCACCUAAGAAGCGGAAGAGCGACGAUGCUGAAGACACUGAGCGGCCCAAGAAAAUGGCCAAGACAGGCGGGGCUGCCAAUGCUCGCACCAGGGUUGUCACACUCAAAUUCACGAGGUGGGACAAGCUUCGUGAGGGCACCCGGGACCAGAUCGAGGCAGAGAGGAGGGCAAAACAAAGGGCUGCUUCGUCGACCAUCAUUGCCACGCCGUCGAGGAAACCCUCUGGAGCCCUUCCUGCUUUCGCGCUUCAUCCUUCUGAUACAUCACCCACCCCUGCGGCACCUCGUUCGAGUGGGAGUAUUUCGGCUGCUGGAAGCUCAAAGGUCAGAAAACCCCUGCCAUCGGCUGCCCCCCACCAGGCGCCCGCGGCACAGCCAGCUCCCGGGCCCGGCCAGGGUACCGCGGAGACACCAGCCCCGGCGCGGGCACCGAGUACGCCUGCAGAAACAUCGUCUGCGGCUGCCAAGCCCAGGACCAUUAUCAGGCUCAAGCUGCCUUCUCUCAAGAAGGGCCCGAGCCCGCAGCCGCCCCAUCAUCCAUGAUGGCCCCUGGUGCUUUAUUCUGGCCUUGUCCAGGAUCACUCUAGCUUAUAUGUAUAUCAUCGCGCAACCUGUUUCACCCUGCCAUCCGCAAUA